GUGCAAUCAAAGCUGAAAAGAUGAAUACUUCCAAUGUAAGCCUUACUGCAGACCUCAGCCAUUCUAAUAAGACGAGCCCUCAUCGGGAAUAUCCUUUUAAAAUGGUAGAGAUGGUGCUCAUCAUUUUGGGACUGAGUUCUUUGAGUCUGAUUACUAUUAUCGGUAACAUUCUGGUCAUGCUGUCCAUCAAGGUCAAUAGGAACCUCCAGACAGUCAAUAAUUACUUCCUCUUCAGCCUAGCAUGUGCUGACGUGAUCAUUGGCCUUUUUUCCAUGAACCUUUACACGGUGUUCAUUGUAACUGGGCACUGGCCCUUAGGCCCUGUUAUCUGUGACCUCUGGUUGGCUCUGGACUAUGUGGCAAGUAAUGCAUCUGUGAUGAACCUGCUCGUCAUCAGCUUUGAUCGGUACUUCUGUGUCACCAGACCACUCAGUUACCCCAUAAAGAGGACAAACAAGAUGGCAGGCAUGAUGAUCGCAGCUGCCUGGAUCUUGUCUUUCAUCCUGUGGGCUCCGGCCAUCCUCUUCUGGCAGUUCAUCAUGGGCAAGCGCACGGUGCCUGACGAUGACUGCUACAUUCAGUUCUUCUCCAAUGCGGGUGUCACCUUUGGCACAGCAAUUGCUGCCUUCUACCUGCCUGUCGUCAUCAUGAGUGUGCUGUACUGGCAGAUUUCCAAAGCAAGCCGUAGUCGCGUCAGGAGGGAGAGUCAGAGGGUGUCCAGGGUCUGCCAGGAGAAUAGGACCCAAAUGGUCUCGGCAACCAGCAGGGAUGGAGGGACUAAGCAUAUCCAGGGAGGGGAGGCCAUGACACAUGUUCAACACAGAGGCUCGGAUGCUACUACAGGUGAGGACAGGGACAGUGAAAAUGACUCCACAUCUGGCAGUAUCCUGGCUUCAUCCAAUCAGAGAGAUAAUGAAGCAGAAACCAAUGGUGAUGUCACGAAUAUGCCAACCAAAACGUCUUGCCAAGGGAAAGCAAGAUGGGCCAAAAUAACUUGCUUCCAGAAGAGCCCAGAUGAGAGCUGUGAACCAGCCAGUACAAAUCAGAAUACCAGCCAUUGCAAGGAGAGGCAGAGUCUGGUAUCACUGAAUCUCUCGCCUGUACACAAGAAAAAAAGGAAUACUGAGUCAAGGGAGAAGAAGGUUACAAGGACCAUCAUGGCCAUUCUGCUGGCCUUCGUGAUCACAUGGACCCCAUAUAAUGUGAUGGUGUUAAUCCACACGUUCUGCAACACCUGCAUUCCCAGCUGCAUGUGGUCCUUGGGCUACUGGCUGUGCUACAUCAACAGCACGGUUAACCCAGCCUGCUAUGCCCUGUGCAACGUUACCUUCAAGAAUACGUUCAAGCGGCUGUUGAUGUGCAAUUGUAGAAACAUUCGCACAGUCAAAUGAAACAAAGACAAGGGCUUUCGCUGACAGAGGCUGCAUGCAGUUUUUCUUGUAUUAAAAUGAAGUAUUUUCAAAUAUUCCAGAAAGUUCUUGAUCAGUAUUCAGAAAGCACUUCACAGCAGGGGUGCUGUUUGUGGAUAAGG